AUGAGCAAUCAAACCAUGAACAAGAAGUCCUGGGAGUCUCUUUCUUCGACAUUCUCUGGCCUCGAAAUCUCUCUCUCUCAGGACAGCUGUUAUGCAUCUGAUGAAGUUUCAGUCACAUCGACUAACCCGACCACCGUCAAUUCGUCAGUGGUCUCGUCUGUAACACCAACUACGGCUACGGCAGAUCGUCCGUACUUGAAGCCGAUCUUAAAGAGACGGUAUGCCGAAAUCGAGGGAGACGAAGAAUCUGAGUCCGGCUAUGCAUCGGGUACUUCUGAACAAGAGUUUGAGUUUUUAUCAGAAGAUGAUUCCGACUCCGAUUCUGAUUCGGAUUCCGAUGACGAUGAAGUGUACUACGUCACAUGCUGGGAAGAUGAAUCGGACUCCAUGUCCGAAUAUAGCGAAGAUGAUGACAAUGACUAUGAUUACGACAACGACUCAGCCGAUGGCUCCUUUAUUUCAUUCGGGUCAAACAAUGUUAGGUUUGACACCAACCUGCGCUAUAUUGAAGCGCCAGAGCUCCAAGAAGAAGACUCACCCUGUACGGAAUUGACCUGCCAUGAGCUUAUGGAGAUGGCAAGGGCAUCUGGCAGCCUCCAUUUACAGGAGGGAAACGAUGUCGAUGUCGAUGACGAUUUCGAUGACGCCGAACAUGGCGGUAUCAGUGACUCCAUCAAGCAGUUGCCUGAAGAACAUACCAGUGAUGUCAUAGAUCUAGACAAGCAGCUUUUCAUCGCUUAUAUGAAUGGCAUCAAUGGGAUCGCUGAUCCCGGCUACAAAUCGCGUCUGCACGCGCGGGUUGGCGACAUCAAGAUGGGCCGUGUUACAUCGCCGUACUUGGAGGCAGAUAUUGCCGAUAGGGUUUAUCUCGAUCAUGCCCUCGACCAUGUGAUUGGAACAUUUCCCAACCUCGUUGCCAAGCAGGAGUUUGAUGAACUUUUAAGCCUCAGCGAAGAAAAGGGAGCUUUGGAACGGGCGACUAAGACCCGUGAGAGUCUUAACCUGAGCUUAUUGAAGAAGAUUGAGGGCCUUCUCUCCGAAAGAUUGGCCUGUGAUGUCAAGAUCGGACAUGAUGAGCUGAGCUUUUUUGCUGGCGGGGUCGCCUAUGCCCUUGAAAACUGGAAACCCUAUAUGGUCCAUUGA